AUGGAAGAGCGUAAGGAGAGUACCGGCGACAGCCAGACGGACAGUCAUGAAAACAUCUCUGGCCUGCAGCUGGCCGCUGUUCUGGGCUCGGUCACUCUCGUUUCGUUUCUGAUGCUACUCGACACAUCUAUCGUUGCAACUGCUAUUCCACGCAUCACAAGUGACUUCCACUCCCUCGACGAUGUGGGAUGGUACGGAACGGCGUAUUUGCUGGCCAACUGCUCUCUGCAGCCGCUGACCGGAAAGCUAUACACCUAUUUCAGCAAUAAGUGGACAUAUCUUGCCUUCUUUACUGUCUUUGAGAUCGGCUCGGCCCUCUGCGGCGCUGCCCAGUCGUCCAACAUGCUUAUUAUCGGCCGAGCCGUGGCUGGAAUGGGAGCAUCCGGCCUGUUCAACGGGGCGUUCACCAUUAUGCACGCAAGUGUUCCAGCACCAAGGCAGCCUGCCCUCCUUGGUAUAAUGCUUGCGUUUUGCCAGCUGGGAACGGUCUCUGGUCCGUUGGUGGGGGGUGCAUUAACCCAACAUGCAUCCUGGAGAUGGUGCUUCUAUAUUAAUCUGCCCUGUGCUGCUGUCGCUAUCCCGUUAUUGAUCUUCAUCAACAUCCCCGACAACGCCCAUACGACCAGCAAUAAAGACAGCCUCUCACAGCUGCUGCAUCGUCUCGAUCUUCCCGGCUUUGCUCUCUUCGCCGGGGCAUCCAUCCAGCUGUUGAUAGCCCUGAACUGGGGGGGCACCACAUACGCCUGGUCGAGCUCGACCAUCAUCGGGCUCUUCUGCGGGUCUGGCGUGACGGUGAUGGUGUUCAUUGCCUGGGAACAUCACCAGGGUCUGCAGGCCAUGGUCCCUUUAUCACUUAUUUCCCGCCGCGUCAUCUGGGCCAGCUGUCUGAAUUAUGGUCUCUUUACCGGCUGCAUCCUCCUCUCGAUAUACUUCCUGCCCAUCUAUUUCCAGGCCAUCCGCAAUGCCACCCCAACCAUGUCAGGCGUGGAUAUCCUGCCGACGAUCCUAUCAAACAUCGUCUUCAGUGUCCUCACUGGCGCCGCCAUUGGCCGAGUAGGCUAUUACCUCCCGUUUGGCGUCGCGAGUGCUGCGUUUAACCUCAUCUCCACUGCCCUGCUCACCACCCUCACCCCAACCUCAUCAACAGGAGUCUGGAUCGGGUUCCAGAUCCUACAGGGCGUAGGGCGUGGGCUCGGCUUCCAGGUCCCGAUUAUGGCAGUGCAGAACAACACGCCCAAAGAGCUCGUCAGCAUAGCCACGGCGUUGGUGACCUUCUUCAUGAAUAUGGGUGCCGCCGUUUCGCUCAGUCUGGGCGAGACCAUCUUCUCGACCGAACUCGCCAGAUACCUUGCUCAAGACGCUCCCUCGGUCGAUGCGGCAGCUGUCGUGGCUGCGGGUGCUUCUGCCUUUAGGGAGGUUGUGCCUGCCGACUUACUUCCAGAGGUGCUCAGAGCGUACUGCAAGGCAAUCACGAGGGUGUUGGUGAUGGGGGCUGCUGUUGGAGGGGGGCAGUUUUUGGUUUCAUUUGGCACUGGCUGGGUGAGUGUGAAGAAAGAGAAAAAGGGAGACGAAGAAAGUGAAGAGACACAGAAUGUAGAGAGAGAAGGAAGGUAA